AUUGUAAAAAGUAAUAUAGACUUAGACGGUGGAAAAAGAAAUGGCUUCUAUUACUGUCGACGAUGGACCGCGCUCCGCUUGGAAGCGAGUUAUUAUAGCGAAUUAUUCACUUAUUUUUCUAUUUAAGAGUAAUAAAAUUCGUCAAUUGUCCGAGGAGCUGAUUUAGUUACGUUUCGGACCGAAUCGUUCAACACAAAAGGACGAUGAUAUAUCUGGUUUAAAAGCGCAGUCAAAUAAUUCAAGUAAUUACAAUACAAUUUCUUUCGAUUUUUCAUCUCCAUGUGCUGUGCGAAAAUCUCGAACAGAUCUUGUGCGUAGUGUUUCAGGGUAUAAAUUUUGAAUAAAAAAAAUUAUCGAAUCUUUCAGAACUCAUCCGCAACAUCUUCCUUCACUCUAUUCGAACUGGCAAAAUUUUUCCUCUUUAACCAGCUUCAGUACGGAAAAAAUAUCGAAACGAAUUAACAGUUUACCAAAUGAACGAUUGGUACUAAUUCGAAAACUACAAGAAUCCGAUAAAAAUUCCACAAA